AUGGCGACUUUGGACGAUGUAUUGCAGCAAUCGCUGAACUUGAAUCUGCCAUUCCCAGCGACUACAAAGCAAGCAGCUGGCCUGGUGGAUGGCGUCAAGACAGAUGUCAUGGUCAUGAGAUUUAGCGACAAGAUCAUGGUCACCAUCUCGCAAGAAGGCCGACUUGCACAUUGGUUACAUGUACCUCUUGGAAACUCAAAUCCGGGCACCGAUGGCAUGCACUCUAUCUCCGAGGGUACGGAUGACAGCCUAUUGCCCCUCAGCGGGUUGACAGCAACAUCCCUUCUGGGUGGUCAUGCGUCUGGCCAGGAUACAAUCGGCCAGCUGGUUGCUCGUCAAAUUGCCACUGCAAUUGCAACGAAAUCUCCCGCCGAAAAGCGACUUCUGGUUGUCGGCCUUGGUCUUGGCCCCAACUCAGGCGCGGACCGCGAUGCCUUCUUUUCCAUCAUUGAUCUUGUUCUGCAAUGCAUUUAG